AGCCUGCUUCCAAAUAUAUUGGAACCAAUUUUGAAAAAAUUCUUUGAAGUUUAGGGCCAGAAUUCUUCCAAAUCGAACAAAGAACAAGGCACAAUCACGUAUUCAGAAGAUUAUUGAAUAUUCGCAAGACUUUGACAUCAAGCCAUGUCCUCACCGCCUUCAUCCUCAAGCGAGUCGCACUUUGACCCCCUCGACCUCCGUGGUGAGGAAGGUUGGGAGGAUGUCGAGCCGGACAAUGAAGAGCAAUCGGUUGUCUCCCUCUUCAGCGAUGAGGUCUUCCCGGAUGUCCGCUCAAUGCUCCAGCAUUGCCGCGAAAAGUACAAUUUUGACUUGGUGAAGGUGCGGAAAGACUUAGAUCUUGACUUUUACGGUACCAUAAAAUUGGUCAAUUAUAUCCGCUCGCAGACCAAAGCCGGCAAUGUCAACCCUGAUGUGUCCUCGAAAAAGGUUUUCGAAGAUGAUAGGUAUAUGACACCGAUUCUCGAGGAUGACGCCGUGCUGUUCGAACUCGACGACAUAUUAGACGAGCCUACUAGUGAGCAGAGUGCUGGUGCUCAGGCCUCUGGCCUUGAACCAGAUGUAUCAGGCAAGGAGUUGGAUAAGCGUGUAAAAGACCUCGAGGAGGAGCUUGAGAAAGUCACGUCUCAGUUCGACCAAUAUAAGCUUCUCGUGAAGGAUGCGUUAGCAGACCGCUAUGAUGACAAUGAUACCAAAGCUUCAUUGGAGACUUCUGGUUCUCGUGAGCCUGCCCAGGACAAAGACGCCGGUUAUUUCACAUCGUAUGCAUACAACGAUAUUCAUGAGACCAUGCUCAAGGACACGAUUCGUACGGAUGCUUACCGCGAUUUCAUCUAUGAAAACAAGGAUCUCUUCAAGGGCAAAGUUGUUCUUGAUGUCGGAUGCGGAACGGGUAUCCUUUCGAUGUUCUGCGCCAAGGCCGGUGCAAAGAAAGUGAUUGCGGUGGAUAACUCUGAUGUUCUCGACAAAGCAAGACAAAAUAUCUUCGAGAACGGACUGGGAGAUGUCAUCACUUGCGUCCGCGGGAAAAUCGAAGAAGUUACUCUUCCCGUACCCAAAGUCGACAUCAUCGUAUCCGAGUGGAUGGGCUACUGUCUCCUAUAUGAAGCCAUGCUUGACUCCGUCCUCUACGCACGGGAUCGGUAUCUCGCUCCAGGCGGCUUGAUGGUACCUUCCCACAUGACGAUCCACGUCGCACCUCUCGCCGAUCCGGAAUACAUUGAAUCCCACAUCUCAUUCUGGCACUCUGUGUACGGAUUCAGCAUGAGCGCAAUGUUGGACAAAAUCUACGACGAAGUCAAAAUUCGCUGCACAUUGCCCAAAGAAAUCGCAUCCGACUCGUCCAUUUUCGUCGACCUCCCACUGCAUAGCGUUACCACUAAGGAUCUCAGCUUCCGCAAGCCCUUUUCCGUCACGCUUUCUAAGGAUAUCGAUGCUCUCGACGGAUGGGUCAUUUGGUUCGAUACCUUCUUCUUGAGAUCCCAGGACGCAGUUCCGCCAAAGGGCGCGAGAGCCGAAGCUUGGCCUACAAAGCCUGGCACUAUGAACAACCAGGACGGUGUGGCAUUUACUACUGGUCCGCAUGCAAAGGAGACGCAUUGGGCUCAGGGCGUGCUGCUCAUCGACCACAACAAAAAACGUAAUUCUUCUGCUGGCCCGCUGAAGGAGGGCCAAAAGGUUGCAGGAACAAUUAGCUUCCAGAAGCGCGAGGACAACCCGCGAGAAUUGGACAUUGGUCUUGACUGGGCUACCGAGGGCGCAGAGGAGAAGGGCAGCCAGUUGUGGUUUAUGCGGUAAAUAGCUGGCCGUUACGGAGUCUUGAAGGCAUAACUACUUGGGGAAAAAAAGUUUGGGGGAAAUUUUGCUCGGGGUAUUUAAAAAAAUAAUAUCUUUAGAUGGAUCUUAGAUAUCACGCUCGUCAAAACUUAUUUACUCAUUCCUCGUCGCGUAAAUGUGCAACCCCUCUAUCAGAGAUGCGGCACACUCAAACUUGCAAGCAAGAGAUUGACAAUGCUAAAAACACCUUCGCCAAGAAUCAGGCCGCUUGCAAUGAUAACAACAGGGGCGCCGUCAUGUCGUUUGACCGAGCGCCAGUACCACUGGAGCAAGCCGCCAAUGGUACGAGCAAGCGUGAAGGACGGAACGUUAUACAUGC